UAGGACAUAAAUUGCACGUGUUGUUGAAGGAAAAUCCAGUCGUUCGCCAACCCUUGUAGGGGAGUAUUUGCUGGGGCGUCUUUGGCGUUCGAAAUCGUGUUGAAGACAUGUUGGAGAUGCGUGUAUUGGCGAUGUUGGUGGCUGUUGGAGCAGCGACCAUCUCCAUCACCGUGACUGUCCCCACCGGAAGCAAUAUCUUCCACGAGGAUGUGUUUUACAAGGCCGGCAAAUGCCCCAACACCACAGGAGUCAUGAGUCGCUGCGUCCUCACCGACGAAAACUGCUUCUCCGAUGACGACUGCUUCGGGAGACUCAAGUGCUGCCCUUACGGGUGCCAUCGGGAGUGCCUGGGUCCUGACCCCGAGGACCUGUGCCCUUACGAGUGCAACAGCAUAUACAACCCUGUGUGUGGCAACGACGGCCAGACAUACGCCAACCUGUGCAUGAUGACGCGUGCAACAUGCAGGAACCCUUAUUUGAAGAUGCAUGAGGAGGGAGUGUGCAAGGGUAGCUUGAAGGAAAUAAGGAUGGUAUAUAAUGUGGAUGAUCUUUUUUUUUGUUUGUUUGUUUUAGAAUGAAUACUUUUUUUUUUCAUUAAAGUCUCUGCAUUUGUAAAAAAAACGUCGUAAUUUCUCUUUCAUGACGUUGUUAUGAGGGAAUAAAUUACAUUACAUUUUAUUACCAUGAGUGCAUUUGUUUAAUAAAGAAAGAAAGAAAGAAAUCGUGAAUUUAUUUACAAAAGAUGUGGUCAAGUUCUUAAUAAAAAUUAAUCUUAAAAAUGCA